ACUUCCUUUUUACCUUCUCUCUACUUCCUCUCUCUAACCUUCCCUGCUCCUUUGCUCUGGUCUGCCUGCCAUAUCUUGCGCCUUCAACCUCGCCAUGGCAUUUUCUCGACAAAUCCCACUUCCUUUCGAUGCGCUGGAGCCUUCUGACGAGCAGGCCGCUGCCGCUCGCCAAUCUCUGCCUGCUGCAGAUGCGCCUCCCGCCUCAAAUGCGCCUUCCGGAUCUCGGGCGCCUACCGAGGGCCAGGCCGCCGCAGCCCCCAACGCUCCCACUAAGUUCUCUUUGACUGCUAUGCGCCUGCGAUUUGGUCACUAUGCACCUCUCUUCCCUGCUUGAUUAGAAACCCAUGUUGUCCGUGGAUAAGGAUGUUCAUACGCCCUGACACCCUUCUAGCCUGCGAAUUUUCUCCCCCCAUUUUUUUUUGCACGGGCACCUUUUUUGUUUCGUGGACGCGCGCGCCUCCUUUCCGCUCUUUGCCUUACCCUUACCCCUUCCUUUUACUCAGGCCCAUCCGUGCCCCAAGACUACAUGUUCCGGCCAUGGGACUCGAUGUGGCCUCCCGGCUAUGCGCCCCAGAACAUCUCGAGGAUGCCCGUGGAAGAUGUGAGCCCACAUCAUGCCUCCAAACAGUUGGGGGUGAGGUGGGAUAAACUCGUUGUGUCCGCUGUAACACCCUACCCUAUACGUUUUGCCUAAUCAUAUUGUUCAUACAAUUGCAGCGGAAAUAAUCUCGGGUGUUAUAUUAAUUAUCAAAAUUUACCUAAAUAAAAUUUCGACAUGAAUUACUCGCGUAAUGGGCUAACAGUUCUUGCAACUUAUCCUGCAAAAUAAUUCAUCACAAACAUAUAUACUCACAACCAUAUGCAUUGGCUUUUCUUAGCCAUAGUCACACUUUUCAUAUUCCACAACUGCAUACCAUACUUAUACAUACUAUAAUCGUCACAACUUACACAAUUACAAAAAUAUACACAUAUCAUCAACUUUCCACACCUGUGGAUAUCUCACACUACAUUCGAAGCUAGUAUGGACAUGAAAAACGUUCUCAAAACAUUUUUACAAAAAGGUGUGGAUCACUGGCCAAAAUCCCGGGUAGUAGUCCAAGCACAGAAUAGUUGAAGACCAUACCUCAUCUUGCCUUCAACUCUUGCUCAGCUCCCACCUAUACACCUAUCUACUGCUGCUGCUGAUGAUCUGCUUACACAUGGCAUAAGCAGAGAAAAAGGAUAAAGAGGGUCAGCUCAUAGCUGAGUGAGAUAAUCAUAGCAUCGUGAGUUCAUAACAGAGCAUACCCCUACCAUACAUCUAGCAAACAAGCCAAAGCACUGGGAUCAUAUCUCAGCCCUCCGACAUCCCAAUAGGCAAAAGACUCACCAACCUUGACUUAUGCAUAUGCAUCUUAUCAUGUUUUAAUCAUAGGCGCCUGGCUACUCCCAUGCUAAUAACUCUCCCGGGAAACAUACCCCACAUCCCGUCGGAUGUAGUCAUACAUACCUCAACAUUCCUUGGAUGUGGUCAUACAUACCCCACACCACUAUGGGUGUAGUCAUACCCCGACACCGCUCUGGGUGUGGUCAUAUCUCGUAAGAAUUCUUCAGUCACCACCAAAUGAGAGGUGUGACUAUCAUACAUAUCAUAUAGAGUAAUAGCAUAGGGAGCCCUAAUUACUAUGUAGUUGACCGUGAGACCAUAACACUCAUAUUCGGCAUCCUUAUACAUGAUUCAUAUCUCAUCUUGCUUAAUCAUAAUUCGUUACUUGCACAUGUACUUGACCAGGCCACAAUUGGCUCAACAUAGGUAAAUCAGGAGUCGUAUAAUUGCACUUCCUCGGGAUAAACCCUCGUGCAAGUCAUCCUCCUUAAAACAUCAUAAUAUUACCAGGGAAUAUAUAUUUUCCCACUUAUGCAUCCAAAUACAACAAUCAUGAAAAA